AUGGCCAACAAGCUCUUCAUCGUCUCCGCCACUCUCGCCUUCUUCUUCCUCCUCACCAACGCCUCCAUCUACCGCACUGUCGUCGAGUUCGAAGAAGAUGACGCCACUGACCCUAUAGGCCCAUUCAGGCCACCACAGAAAUGUCAGAAGGAGUUUCAGCAAUCACAAAACCUAAGAGCUUGCCAGCAGUGGAUCCACAAGCAAGCAAUGAAACCCCAUGUUGGUCCCGCGGCCCUUGACGGUGACUUCGAAGACGACAUGGAGAACCCCCAUGGCCCACAAGAGAGACCACCACUACUCCAGCAAUGCUGCAAUGAGCUUCACCAGGAAGACACAGUUUGUGUUUGCCCAUCUUUGAAGCAUGCAUCCAAAGAGGUUAGAUACCAAGUUCAACAGAGACGGCAGCAGGUACAUCCCCAAAUAGUGAGCCGUAUCUACCAGACCGCUGCACACUUGCCUAGCAUGUGCAACGUCCAACAAGUUAGCGUUUGUCCUUUCCAGCCUGACAUGUCUUUCCCUCCCUACUACUAG